AUGUCGUCAAAACACUCAAAACAAUCAACUCCAAGAAGCUCCAUUUGGGGCUACUUCACAAAAACUUCAGAUCCCGAGGUCGUGACUUGUAAAAUCUGUUAUGCUCCCGUGAGACCAUGUGGCAACACCACCAACAUUCGCAACCACAUAAAGCGUAACCACGGUUCAAUGAAGAUUGCCGAGGAUGCAGCAGCUGCUGCCCCAAAGAACAAGGUUCCACGAAAGUCUUUUGCUUCAACUAGUUCAACUAGUUCAACAAAAAACUGUGAUGAGUGUGAUGAUGAUGUUGACGACCCAGCAGCAUAUUUAGGCGAUUUAGCUCAAACCAUUGUAAAUAAGGCUCAAGUAUCGCAAAGUAAAUUAAAAUUUGAUGCUGUUGAACCUUCAACCAGUUCAUCAUCAUCUGGCAUCGUUGAUAACGAUUCAUGGUCAUUCCGUAGUAAAUCCGUUACAUCAUCAAUUGGAUGUGGAUCAUCCAGUAGUCAGUCGGUGUGCUUAAAGCAACGUACGAUGUUUGAGUCGUUUGCAGACAUCAAAUCAUAUGACAAAGGAGGAUCUAAGACACGUUCAAUAACCAACGCGCUGGUCUUCAUGCUGGCAAAGGACAACAUGCCGUUAAAUACAACCGAGAAAGAAGGAUUUAUUCAUUUCAUGAAAAAAGCGGCACCCAUGUACAAAAUUCCCUCUAGGACGACAAUAACAAAUUUAAUUAAAACGAAAUAUGAAGUAUUAUCAGGGUUAGUGAAAACUAAACUUAGUCAAAUUGAAUUUUUAACUAUUACCACAGAUAUAUGGACAGAUACUGUUAAUACUAAAAGUUAUUUGGGUAUGACUGUUCAUUUUUUAAAUAUUUCUAAUGUUGCGCUAGAUAGUGUGACGAUAGGUGUAAUGGAGCUUUCCGCCAGCCACACUGCAAAUAAUAUAUCCAUGUGGUUUGAGCAACUUAUUGAGGAGUGGGGUAUCAAAAAAAAACAGGUUGUAACUGUUGUCACAGAUAAUGGGUCCAAUAUUUUAUCUGCAGUUAAAAAAACCUUUUCACAAGAAAAGCAUUUGCCGUGUUUUGCCCACACGUUAAACUUAGUGUCUGAGCGGGCAUUGGAAAAUCUCUCUGAUGUACAAGUUCUUAUAAAUAAAAUAAAAUCUGUUGUGACUUAUUUCAAACAUUCGGUAGCUGCUAGUGAUGAACUUAAAAAAUUAUGUAAUUAUAAGCUGAAGCAGUCUGUCCCCACUCGUUGGAACUCUAUCUAUUACAUGAUAGAAAGAUUUAUCUUAUGUUCUAAUUAUAUAGCUUCUGUAUUGAUUAACAUGCGUGGGGGUCCUACAAUAGUAACAGCUGAUGAAAUUGAUUUGGCAAGAGAAAUGUUAUCAGUGUUGAGGCCAAUGGAAGUGGCAACAAAAGAGUUGUGUGGCCAGAAAUAUGUGACUGGUAGCAAAGUAAUACCAUUAAUUAAUUGUCUCAUUAAAAAAACUGAGAGUAUAAAUUUAUCGAAUCCAAUUGCUUUAACACUAAAGCAGGCCAUGUUAGACAAUUUAUAUAAACGUUUUGGUAGGAUGGAGGAAAUAAGUUUGUUAAGUGUUGCCACUAUCCUUGAUCCCAGAUUUAAAACAAUUCAUUUAAACAAUCCUAACUCUAGUGCAAGGGCUAUUAGGUUGAUUAAAAAUAAAAUUACUGAGAUCAAAAAUAGUUCUGAUGAUACUAACUCCUCCUCAUGCCAUGGCUCUAGUGAUGAUGAUGGUGAUCGGCAUGAUAGUUUGUGGUCAGUUCACACAGAGCUGGUUACAAAAAAAGCUGCAGCAAAAACUUCUGAACAGUCUGAAGAGCGUAUUCCCACAGACCUUAAGCAUUAUUUGAGCCAACCCACGAUAAACUUAGGUGAAGAUAUCCUCAAAUAUUGGGACCAAAAUGGUAGUAUGUACCCUUACCUAAAAAAAAUUGUACUCCCCUAUUUAUCUGUUGUUGCAACUUCCGUCCCUUCAGAACGUUUAUUUUCGAAGGCUGGCAACAUAAUGACUGAAAAAAGAAAUAGAUUGAAAGGAGAGAAAUUACAACAACUAUUAUUUCUGAGCUCCCUUGAUUUUAAUGACUGGCACUUAGAAUAA